CACGGCAGCAUGAAGGCGGUGGCCGCCCUGCUCCUGGUGGGGAUGCUCAUCCUCUGGGCAGAGCUGCCGACAGGCAGCGCCUGGUCCUGCCCCCCGGUGCGCAUCAUCUGCGCCCUGCACAACCCGCCCAAUCAGUGCUUCCUAGACCGGCACUGCCCCCGCGGCAAGAAGUGCUGUCGCACCUUCUGCGGGAGGAAAUGCCUCUCCAAGCCACCCUCCAUCCCCGUCUCCUACGUGUGAGCUCCGGCUUCCAGGAUGGACUGCGGGUCAUCUCAGCAUUGCCACCGCAGCUCAGCUCCAAUAGCGCCCUGUGACAGCUGCUGCACUGUGCUCUGUGCCGCCCCUUCCCCUCUUCCUCUGCUCCCCACGGCUCUUUCCACAAAUAAAAGAGGCUUUUCUCAA